AGUCAGUUUUAAUCGUGAGCUCGAUGGGGUAGAGUCGUAACUACAUUGUAAUAUAUAAAUUUUUGGAUAUAAAAAUUUUCUUGGUUAAAAUCAGUCUAUUUUUUUCGGCCCAAAAUUUACCUUCUAAUUCCAAAUCUAACAAUUUGUCGUGACGCGAUUAACCACUGAAUUUGUUCGAGAUGCUGAGGAUUACUGGAAUCCCGUGCAGCUCAAGCCUGAACUCAAACUGGAGUCGCGUUAAGGCCCUGGUGCAGUCAUGGUCGUGUGCUCCUAGGACCUUAAGCCGCCAAAUGGAUAGUAAUAAGUGCGCCUAUCCCAUGCUGACUGGAUUUCAGCAAAUGCGCUGCUCCAGUGAUGAUUGCGAACCAGUGAAGCAGUGCGAGGACAAGCCUCCGGCCGUUGGUUGUGGUCCUGCUGGUCUAUCGAAGAAUCCCUGUGGCGUCAAGAAAACCAAACCAAAACAAAAGGAGUCAAAGGAAAAGUCAAAGGAAGUGAAGAAACCAAAAUUUGUAUCAAUGUGGAAUAUUGAGGAUUGCGAGAGGAUUGAUGACUGCGAUUUACCGCCUAGGUAUGACAUCAAAUACUAUCGCAUCUCGGACAAACUUAAGCGCAAAUAUCAAGUCACCUGGGAUGAGUGUCCUCGCAUGUUGAUCAAGCCGAAGAAGGUAUGUCUGCGCGAAUCAAUCGUUCCACGUCCACGUUGCCGUCGUGUGCGCAAGGAGGUCUCGAAGGCGUCUCCCUGCCUCACCGUGAAUCCCAUGGAAUGCAAGAAAGAAAAAAAGGGGGCCAAAUGUCCAAGAUUCACAAUGCCUUGCUGUAAGCCGGCUCGAAUGCCUCCAAGUUGCAGCCGUGCGCGCUCCAAAUCCAACUGUGUGAAGCGCAAUGCACCAUAUCCUAGCUUUUCCGAGUGCCAGAAAGAUGCACUACUCGGGUUGCCGCCAACCGAAUGCCGCUGUCUUGAUGCCGUCUCCCUGUGCGAGGCGUGGGCCCACUUAAGACGGCGGCUUGCCCGUGGUCAAGGACUGACAUUCAAAUGUGGCAAGCUUUAAACAUGACAAGUUGCCAAGUUUUUCAAAAGAGGACGAAAUUCCCAUUUUAUCUACCUACAGAAAUGCAAUAAAUUGAAAUUCGAGCUCACUGGGAGGGGGUUAUAAAACUAUGUAAUUAGUAUCUUAAGAUUAAACAAUGAAUUGCAAUCAACAA